GACCCCGAGUCUGCUCCCAACACCUCCGCGGGAGAAGCAGGCUCUUCGUGCCCCGCUUCCGCAGCUACGUAACCGCGAAGGUAUAUCACACAGAUGUCUGUCAAAUGAAUGGAUGAACUUUGCUCUUCAACAUUUUGUCUCAGAGCUGGAUCUUUCGAAGAUGGUUAGGCUGUCUUGGAGAUUUGGAGAUUGGGUGCCACAAUGAGGACUCACACGCGGGGUGCUCCCAGUGUGUUUUUCAUAUAUUUGUUUUGCUUUGCAUCGGCCUACAUCACCGACGAGAACCCAGAAGUCAUGAUUCCCUUCACCAAUGCCAACUACGACAGCCACCCGAUGCUGUACUUCUCCCGGGCAGAGGUAGCGGAGCUACAGCUCAGGGCAGCCAGCUCGCACGAGCACAUCGCUGCCCGGAUCACCGAGGCGGUGCACACCAUGCUGUCCAGCCCCUUGGAGUACCUCCCUCCCUGGGAUCCCAAGGACUACAGUGCUCGCUGGAAUGAAAUUUAUGGCAACAACUUGGGUGCCUUGGCAAUGUUCUGUGUACUGUAUCCUGAGAACAUUGAAGCCCGAGACAUGGCCAAAGACUACAUGGAGAGGAUGGCAGCGCAGCCUAGUUGGUUGGUGAAAGAUGCUCCUUGGGAUGAAGUCCCUCUUGCUCACUCUCUGGUUGGAUUUGCCACUGCCUAUGACUUCUUAUACAACUACCUGAGCAAGACACAACAGGAGAAGUUUCUUGAAGUGAUUGCCAAUGCCUCAGGCUAUAUGUAUGAAACUUCAUACCGGAGAGGAUGGGGAUUUCAAUACCUGCACAAUCAUCAGCCCACUAACUGCAUGGCUUUGCUCACAGGAAGCCUAGUUCUAAUGAAUCAAGGGUAUCUUCAAGAAGCCUACUUAUGGACCAAGCAAGUCCUGACCAUCAUGGAGAAGUCUCUGGUCUUGCUUCGAGAGGUGACAGAUGGUUCCCUCUACGAAGGAGUUGCAUAUGGCAGCUAUACCACUCGAUCUCUCUUCCAGUACAUGUUUCUCGUCCAGAGGCACUUUGACAUCAACCACUUUGGCCAUCCCUGGCUUAAGCAACACUUUGCAUUUAUGUAUAGGACUGUCCUGCCAGGAUUUCAAAGAACUGUGGCUAUUGCAGACUCAAAUUACAACUGGUUUUAUGGUCCAGAAAGCCAAUUAGUGUUCCUGGAUAAAUUUGUCAUGCGUAACGGCAGUGGCAACUGGCUGGCUGACCAAAUCAGAAGGAACCGUGUGAUGGAAGGUCCAGGGACACCAUCCAAAGGGCAGCGCUGGAGUACUCUUCAUACAGAAUUUCUCUGGUAUGAUGCCAGCUUGAAAUCUGUACCUCCUCCAGACUUUGGCACCCCUACAUUGCAUUAUUUUGAAGACUGGGGUGUUGUGACCUAUGGAAGUGCACUGCCUGCAGAAAUCAAUAGAUCUUUCCUUUCUUUUAAGUCAGGAAAACUUGGGGGACGUGCAAUAUAUGACAUUGUCCACAGAAACAAAUACAAAGAUUGGAUUAAGGGAUGGAGAAAUUUUAAUGCUGGACAUGAGCAUCCUGAUCAAAAUUCAUUUACGUUUGCACCCAAUGGUGUACCUUUUAUUACUGAAGCUCUCUAUGGGCCAAAGUAUACCUUCUUUAACAACGUUUUGAUGUUUUCCCCAGCUGUGUCAAAGAGCUGUUUUUCUCCCUGGGAGGGUCAGGUCACAGAAGAUUGUUCAUCAAAAUGGUCUAAAUAUAAGCAUGACCUGGCCGCUAACUGUCAAGGGAGAGUAGUUGCAGCAGUGGAGAAAAAUGGGGUGGUUUUCAUCCGAGGAGAAGGUGUGGGAGCAUAUAACCCUGAGCUCAAGCUGAAGAAUGUGCAAAGGAAUCUGAUCCUCCUACAUCCACAGCUUCUCCUCCUUGUGGAUCAGCUCCACCUGGGAGAAGACAGCCCCUUGGAGACAGCAGCAAGCUUCUUUCACAAUGUGGAUGUUCCUUUUGAGGAGACCGUGGUAGAUGGGGUCCACGGAGCUUUCAUCAGACAACGAGAUGGUCUGUAUAAAAUGUAUUGGAUGGAUGAUACUGGCUACAGUGAGAAGGCAACCUUUGCUUCAGUCACAUAUCCUCGGGGCUAUCCCUACAACGGCACAAAUUAUGUGAAUGUCACCAUGCACCUCCGAAGCCCUAUCACCAGGGCAGCUUACCUCUUUAUAGGGCCAUCAGUAGAUGUUCAAAGCUUCAGCAUUCACGGGGAUUCCCAACAGCUGGAUGUGUUCAUAGCCACCAGUGAACAUGCCUACGCCACUUACCUAUGGACAAGUGAGACCACAGGACAGUCUGCCUUUGCCCAGGUCAUUGCAGAUCGUCAGAAAAUUCUGUUUGACCGGAGUUCAGGCAUCAGGAGCACCAUUGUCACUGAAGUGAAGGACUAUGCUGCAAUUGUGGAACAGAACCUGCAGCAUUUUAAGCCAGUUUUCCAGCUGCUGGAGAAGCAGAUCCUGUCCCGAGUCCGCAACACAGCUAGCUUUAGGAAGACUGCUGAGCGCCUGCUGAGAUUCUCAGAUAAGAGACAGACGGAGGAGGCCAUUGACAGGAUUUUUGCCAUAUCACAGCAACAGCAGCAGCAGCAGCAGCAAAGCAAGUCAAAGAAAAACCGAAGGGCAGGUAAACGCUAUAAAUUCGUGGAUGCAGUCCCUGACAUUUUUGCACAGAUUGAAGUCAAUGAAAAAAAGAUUCGGCAGAAAGCUCAGAUUUUGGCACAGAAAGAACAGCCCAUUGAUGAAGAUGAAGAAAUGAAAGACCUUUUAGAUUUUGCAGAUGUAACAUAUGAGAAACACAAAAAUGGCUUGAUGAAAAGCCGGUUUAGGCAGGGGCGGAUGGGGACAACCACUCACAGCCAAGCCCCAUCACUAUCUGCCUCCUAUACCAGACUGUUCCUGAUUCUGAACAUCGCUAUUUUCUUUGUCAUGUUGGCAGUGCAUCUGACUUAUUUCCAUAGGGCUCAGAGCCUACAUGGUCAAAGGUGUCUUUAUGCAGUCCUCUUAAUAGACAGCUUUAUUUUAUUAUGGUUGUACUCGUCCUGUUCCCAGUCACAGUGUUAACACUGAAGCUAUAAAUUGCUUCAUCAUUGUGGUCACAAGAGUCUAUACCAAAAAAAGAAAAUUCGUUGCCCUAGUUUGCUACUGGGUUUUUUUUUUUUUUAAUUAAAUGGAAGGGGUUUUCACGCAACAAUAUAGGGACAUGUAGAAACCAGAACUGAACUAGGAAAGAAUUUAUCAGAGGAAUAAGAGAAAGCUUGGUGUUGCAUGAUGUUUCUGAAGGUGUUUGAUGUGGCUGAUUUAGCAGUUCCUAUAACAAUACUUUUAGAAGAAACACAGAAUCUGUUAAGUAAUAUUUUUCCUUAAAAGAAACAAAAAAUAUGUAGAAGUGGGUUUUAUUAAUUUAAUAUUAUUAGCAAUUUCCAGAUACUAUCUUAAGGAAAAAACUGAAACACACAAUUCCAAGAAAUACCGAAAAUUCUUAAUUGUUUGGUCAUGUUGAAAAAGAAGUGUUACUAAGUCCUUCAGAUUCCUCGGAAUCAGGUAUUAGUGGGAUUUGCUUAUUGGAUUGCUAUUCAGGUAACAUGGUAAAAUGAUAGUGGAAGAUCAUUAAAAAUGUUAGAUAUAUUUUCAGUUGAAAACAUCUGUAAAUGAAUAUUCUCUUGAUGAUGUUGGUCUCUGCACAUCUAUUGGUUUUUCAAUAAAUAAGAUAGUUACCGGUAACUUAAUUUUUCAUGCCUUAUGUGGAAAGUUGUAAACCUAAUGAUUAUACAUCAAAAUAAAAUAUUUUAUAUUCCAAACCCUGAUUUCAAUACCAAAGAAGAUGGGGGGUGUUUAAGUUUGGAUAUAAUUCUUACUUUUUUUAAUAUAAAACUUUUCAAGUUUAUUUUGCUAAAUAAACAUCAUAAUUUUUAUUU